AUGUUUCGCCACGAAGUCAGUGUGACGUCUUUUAUUCCGUCGUGUUCGUACCUUUUCCAUUACGAGAAGAGGAACAUGUCCAGAUACAACAUUUACAGUCUUCUGGACUGGAUAUACGGCGGAGUGGACCCCAAAUUCGAGGGCAAUGGUGGCCCCGAGUGUGCCGCCUUCCUCUCAUCUCAACAGCGGAUCAUUGAGACUUUUCUUGUCGUUGUCAUAUCGAUAGUGGAAAUUGGUGUAGCUUUGAAGAAAAUUAGAAUGUCCAAUGACUUGAAAGUGGUCGGAAAAGAGUGCAUAAAAGUAAAGGAGGACAGCAUGGGGAAGAACCUGUUGCUGGUUGCGUUGUGCAUGACUUUUGGGAUUGAAGUUGGGUUCAAAUUUGCCACCAAAACUGUGAUAUAUCUACUAAAUCCAUGUCAUGUCGUGACCAUGAUUCAGAUUUUCCUCCUGGCAUGUCCACCAUGUAAAACUGCAAUGGUUGUCUUCAGGUUGCAGGUCCACAUGCUGAAUGGUGCUUUACUGGCUCUAAUGUUUCCUGUAGUUAACACAAGACUGCUUCCGUUUGAGAAGGAGAUUUACUACAUUCAACACUCCAUGCUGUACCUGGUGCUGCUCUACCUGUUCAGGAAAGGAGGGGUGUACAAGCCUGAGCCACUGGGAGACCUCUGGUGGGCGCUGCUCUCUACGGGAAUCCUCUUCCUGUACCACUUCGUCUUCCUGCAGUUCCUUGGCCUGGUCACAGAGGUCAACCUGAACAACAUGCUGUGUCCAGCGGUGUCCGAUCCCUUCUACGGUCCAUGGUAUCGCAUUUUCGCAAAGGGACACCAGACACUGCUCACCCUAAUACAUGGCAAAGUCGUGACCUUCCUUUCUCAGCACACAGGCUCUUUCUGCAGAUACAUGCUGGACUCUAUACGGUUGCGGGGGAAAAAAGUUAACUGA